AUGGCCGCCAAAUGGCCACCGCCCUCAGUCCAAGCGGAGCCAGCCAAAGCCACCGAGGGGCCAGUAGCCCAAGGCAGGCAGCAACCCCUUAACCGGCCCAACUGGCAGACUCAGCCGAGGCCAGGGGGGGGGGCAGAAGAAGGAAAAAAGGCCCAGGAAAGCCGUAAGGCGAGCCCAACCAACCGCGCCGCUCCAAACAACCGCCCAAAGUGGCAGCCCUAUGCAGCGCGGCAGUCGCCCCAACCCCCGACCCAGGGACUCAACCCGCAGCCAGAAGCCUCUGGCUGCAACGCUGCCGCCGCCGCGCACUCGCUGGCGGCCGCCGACGCCGCGCCGCUUCUCCUCGGCCGGACGGGCCCCACGCGGCGCGAGCGCACGCCCGCACAGCCGCUUCUUGCCAGCCCGUCGUCUGCCGCCGCCGCGCCAGCCGCCCUCCGUCCACGCUCGGAAGGCAGGCCCGAUGGCCCUGCUCAGGGAAAGCACGAUGCUUCCCCUUCCGAGAAAAGAUCGCGACUGCUGGCCGGGACGGCAGAGCAGCCUCUAAGGCGUCUGGCUCCGCCCCCGAAUUUGAAUAGGACUCUGUCUUUUCGGUACUGGAUUGAAGCUACAUGUAUAUUUGCCAAAAUGUUCUUUUUGAAGCCAUUAAUGAUUCUGGUGGUAUCGCAUGCUGUUUUCAAGGUUACACAUGGAAAAUGUGCUUUUAAAAGACUCCUGCAUAAUGGGUACUAUGAAGAUGGAGAUCUUAUCAUUGGUGGCAUCAUGUCUAAUUUCUUUGCAGUAAUUAAUGCCAACAGUAGCUAUGAAGAGCCACCUUCUCCCUAUCUAUUUGAUGCCUGGCCAUUUACAAAAACAUUCCAGUUCAUCCUGGCAUUCUUGUUUACAAUACAGGAGAUCAAUAAGGAUCCCAAACUAUUGCCUAACUUCACACUUGGAAUCCACCUCACUCAAGACUGUUUUUAUUCAGAAUUCAUUUAUUUGAGCACUGUCAGGUUAACAUCAGGUAGUGAUAAGGUGAUUCCUAACUACAGCUGCAGCAGAAGACCUCUUAUGGGUGUAAUUGGAAGUCUUCGAUCUGACUUAUCCAUCCAUAUAGCAGAUCUCCUAGGGAUAUACAAGAUCCCACAGAUUAGCUAUGGCUCCUUUGACUCCAUCUUGAGUGAUAAAUCUCAGUUUCCUUCCUUCUAUCGAACUGUUCCAAGUGAAUUGUUGCAGUUCAUUGGAGUGAGCCAUUUACUUGCACAUUUUGGUUGGAAAUGGGUCAGCUUAAUCAGUUCAGAUAAUACCAACGGCAGGAAUUUUCUUCAAAUAAUGACCCAAGAAAUGAGCAAAAUUGAUUCUUGUAUUGAGUUUGUAGCCCUUUUGCCGCUUAUUCUUCAGGGUGAUAUAGAAUCUAUCACUGAAUUAGCCAUGAAGCUGUCCAAGCUGACAUCCAAUGUAAUGCUUGUUCAUGGAGAGACUGACAAACUAAUUUUGCUACAUGCUGCUAUGAAAGAAAGCCAGAUUAGUGGCAAGGUAUGGAUCACAACAGCUUUGUGGGACUUCACCUCUCAUUUCCCCAGAACUGCCUGGAAUUUGACAGUAUUCCAUGGUGCUCUCUCUUUUGCGGUGCACAAACGUGAGAUUCCAGGAUUCCGGGAUUUCCUGGAAACAAUUAAUCCCAACAAGUAUACCAAUGGCUUUUAUUUGAAAAUCUUCUGGUCCCAGAUAUUCAAAUGCACGUGGCCAGAUUACAUAUUGGACACAGCCUGGAAGAUGUGUACAGGGAAGGAGAAACUAGAGGAUCUUAACACCGAUCUCUUCGAUAUGAACACAUCCAGGCAUAGCUACAGUAUUUCCAAUGCUAUUUAUGCAGUAGGACAUGUCUUGCAUGAAAUGUACUCUUUCCAGUCAGCAAAGAAUAAGGCAGCGACAGUGCAGCUUUGUGACCUUCAAGCAUGGCAGCUACACUCCCUCUUGAAGAAAAUCCGAUUUAACAACAGUGCUGGUGAGGAAGUAUCUUUUGAUAGGAAUGGUGAUUUGCGUGCUGGAUAUGACAUUUUGAAUUGGGUCAUUUUGCCGAAUAAUACUCCACUCCCUACCCAGAUUGGAUGUCUUGAAGCACAAAUUGCAGGGAGUCAAGGCCUCAUCCUCAAUGAUGAAUCUAUAGUAUGGAACACCAGACUAAACAAGACACCGAUGUCUGUAUGCAGUGAAAGCUGCCAUCCUGGCUUUCGAAGAACAGUUCCAGUGGGGAAGUUAUCUUGUUGCUUUGAUUGUGUCCAGUGCACAGAAGGAUCGAUCUCUAGCCAGAAGGAUAUGGAUGAUUGUGAGGAAUGCCCAGAAGAACAAUACCCAAAUGACCAGCAAGACAGAUGUAUCCCAAAGGUCAUUUCCUUCCUGUCAUAUGAAGAACCGUUAGGAAUUAUCAUGACAUCCUCCGCAGGUUUUCUGUCCCUCAUCACAGUUGUGGUCCUAGGAAUAUUCAUUGAACACAGGAAAACACCAAUCGUGAAAGCCAACAACCGAGACCUCACUUUCCUACUUCUCUUCUCCCUGCUGCUCUGCUUCCUUUGCUCUUUGAUAUUCAUUGCAAAACCAAGAAAAAUAACCUGUCUUCUUCGACAAACCUCUUUCGGCUUUAUCUUCACAGUUGCAGUUUCUUCCCUCUUGGCAAAAACCAUCACAGUGGUCUUGGCCUUUCUAGCCAGAAAUCCAGGAAACAGGAUCCAUAAAUGGAUAGGGAAAAAAUUGGCAAAGUCUUUGGUUAUCUUCUGCUCCCUCAUUCAGGUUGGCAUCUGUGCUGCCUGGCUGGUAACAUCUCCACCAUUCCCUGACAUUGAGAAGACAGCAGAUCAUGGACAAAUCAGCCUUGUUUGCAAUGAAGGGUCUGUUUCGAUGUUCUACACUGUUCUAGGUUACAUGGGUUUUCUAGCCAUGGUCAGCUUCACUGUGGCUUUCUUGGCCAGGAAGUUGCCUGACGGUUUCAAUGAAACCAAAUUUAUCACCUUCAGCAUGUUAGUGUUUUGCUGUGUCUGGUUGUGCUUUGUACCAGCUUAUCUGAGUAAUAAAGGGAAAUCCAUGGUGGCAGUGGAGAUCUUUUCCAUCUUGGCUUCAAGCACUGCUUUGCUGGGUUUCAUCUUUUUCCCCAAAUGCUACAUUAUUGUGCUAAAACCCCAGAGGAACAGUAAGGCGCACUUACUUUGGAACACCAAUGCUCAAGUUAAACAAUUUUAA